UUAGGUACACUCAAAUCUGGGACAGGAACAUGGAGAAAAUGUCACGGGUCACCACAGCCCUCGGCAGCAACAGCAUCACCGGCCGAACAAUGUUCUGCCACCUGGAUGCUCCGGCCAAUGCCAUCAGCGUGUGCCGGGACGCCACCCAGGUGGUUGUCGCCGGACGCAACAUCUUUAAGAUCUAUGCCCUCGAGGAGGAGCAGUUCGUCGAGAAGCUGAAUCUGCGCGUCGGCCGCAAACCGUCCCUGAACUUCAGCUGCGCCGACGUCAUGUGGCACCAGAUGGAGGAGAACCUGCUGGCCACGGCUGCCACCAAUGGGGCCGUGGUCACCUGGAAUCUGGGGAAACCUUCCCGCAACAAGCAGGACCAGCUGUUCACUGAGCACAAACGAACCGUCAAUAAGGUGUGCUUCCACCCAACAGAGGUUUACAUGCUGCUGAGUGGAUCGCAGGAUGGCUUCAUGAAGUGCUUUGAUCUGCGCAAAAAGGAGUCUGUUAGUACUUUCUCAGGUCAGUCAGAGAGUGUGAGGGACGUCCAGUUCAGCAUGAAGGAUUAUUUCACGUUCGCUGCUUCCUUUGAAAAUGGUAACGUCCAGCUGUGGGACAUUAGGCGGCCAGAUCGGUACGAGAGGAUGUUCACGGCGCAUACCGGUCCCGUGUUCUGCUGCGACUGGCACCCUGAUGACAGGGGUUGGCUGGCCACAGGAGGCAGAGACAAGAUGGUGAAGGUGUGGGACAUGACGACAAACAGGGCCAAGGAGAUCUACUGCGUCCAAACAAUCGCGUCAGUUGCUCGAGUUAAAUGGCGUCCAGAGCGGAAGUUUCACUUAGCCACAUGCUCCAUGAUGGUGGACCACAACAUCUACGUGUGGGAUAUCCGGCGACCUUUCAUCCCCUUCGCUACCUUCGAGGAACAUAAAGAUGUGACCACUGGGAUCGUGUGGCGUCACCAACACGACCCUCACUAUCUGCUCUCGGGCUCCAAAGACAGCACUCUCUACCAGCACAUGUUUAAAGACGCAACACGCCCCGUGGACAAGGCCAACCCUGAGGGUCUGUGCUUCGGACUGAUGGGCGACUUGGCCUUUGCUGUCAACGAGAGUCUGAUCAGCAGCGACGCCAGCAGGAAGCCCUACCCUGGAGGAGACCGCCGUUACCCCUUCUUCUCGUUUAAGAAGGCCAACCCCACUGAGCAGUUUGCUCAUGUGUCCAGCGCUCUUAGCGUCUUUGAGACGGACUUGGACAGUAAUUGCAUGGACGGGUUUGUAAAAACAGCCCAACUCUACCUGCUCAGUGGAAAGCCGUUUACUGAGCUGUGCGACCAUAAUGCCAAGGUAGCGCAGGAGCUCAAAAGACCCCAGGUUUCCACGACGUGGACCAUGCUGAGAAUCAUGUUCUCUGAACCGGCACCCGGUCCAAAUCAGAACCUCAGCAAACUCGGCAGCCUGCCGCUAAUGAUCAGCUUCAGCAUGAAAGACUUGGGUUCAGUGAUGGGUCCGGAGGGCAGACUGGAGCGCCACAAAGGUGAAAGCCGGCAGGAUAACAUCCACCUGGAGCCGGGGAAUUCGCACAUCAGCAACAAUAAUGAAGAAAAUGAAGAGACGGAGGGAAGCGACGGCCCUACAGAGUACAUGUUUGGUGACGCAGAGUUGGAUGACGAUGAUCUGUAUCCAAUGGAGCAUGAAAACCAAGCAGUGCCAGAGGAGCAGGUGUACACGCUACCUCCGGAAGCCUUCCAGCUGCGCCACGAGAUCAUUGAUAACCCGUCUGCACCAGAGCAUCUUCAGCAGGACAAGGCCGACUCCCCGCAUGUCAGCGGGAAUGAGGCGGAGGUCACCUGCUUGACACCCAUUGAGACGGUCUCGCUCAUCUCCAUCUCUCAGCCUCUGUACAGUCCACAUUUACACGGCAGCUUCUUCUGCCCCAUCGUGAGGGAGAUGCUGAGCCACUACGCCGAGCAGGGCGACGUGCAGAUGGCCGUGUCUGUGCUCAUCGUGUUGGGGGAGAGGAUUCGCAAGGAGAUCGACGACCUCACCCAGGAGCACUGGUACAUGUCCUACAUAGACCUGCUGCAACGAUUCGAGCUGUGGAAUGUGUCCAACGAGGUCAUCAAGCUGAGUACAUGCAGCGCCAUCACCUGCCUGAACCAGACGUCCACCACUCUGCACAUCAACUGCAGCAACUGCAAACGGCCGAUGAGCAACAAAGGGUGGAUCUGUGACAGGUGUCGCCAGUGUGCCAGUGCCUGUGCGGUGUGCCACCAUGUGGUGAAGGGGCUCUUUGUUUGGUGUCAGGGCUGCAGCCACGGUGGACACCUAGAGCACAUCAUGAAUUGGCUAAAAAACAACUCCCACUGCCCUGCAGGAUGUGGUCACAUGUGUGAAUACACAUGAUGAGCGCGAACAACGUCCAGGUGCCUCGGAGAAUUCACAGUUGCUCAUUCUUCUGUGUCCUCAAACUUCAAAGAACAUCUUCCAUUUUUGGGACAUUUCAACUAUAAGAACUCUGGACACCAUGGGAUGGAUUUCAGUUUAGAAACUAAACAAACAGCUAGGCUACCAAAUAAAUUCUUAAACACA